AUGGCGCCCACGACACAAGGCAAGCUGCAGCCUUCCAUGGCCGAGGUCGACCGCAUGCUCGUCGAGGCUGGCCCCGGCACACACUUCGAGCUCGACCACGAGAUGAUCCAGGGGCGCAAGCAGCUCGUGUGGAAGAACCGUCUCAAGAUGUUCGGCGACCGCCCACUCCUCUCGUCUCCGACGCCAGACGGCGAAGCUAGGGAACAGCUUUCGUACCGCGAAGUCCGGCUUCGUAGCCAGAUCCUGGCCGGAUGGCUGUGGGACCAGGGCGUUCGUGUAGGCACCCGAGUCGCGCUCGGCGGACUCAACAGCGCGGCGUGGGUUGUCGCCUUCUGCGCCGUGCACAUCGCUGGCGCAGUUCCUGUGCUUUUGAACUCGACGCUGCCUGCUCCGCUGCAGAAACACUGUCUCCUUCUGACCGAGCCCAAGAUCACGCUGGUCGACGGCAAGCUCGCCGCCCUCAUCCAGCCUAUUCUGCCUGAGCUCCGGGCAAGGUGUAUCGACCCUUACUGCUGGGACCACGGGAUGGAGUGUGGGCUCCAUCGCCUUGAGCCUAGCGCGAGCGCCGAGGCCGUACGCGCCCUCGACUCGGGCCGUGCGACGCAGAGCCUGCACCCCGAGAGCGACGGCAUGAUCAUGUUCACCUCGGGCACGACGAACCACCCCAAGGCUGUUCUGGUCACCCAACGCAGUGCACUCAGCCACGUCCCGACCGCCGCUUUCCCCGUUGCGCGAGCAAUCCUCCGCGCUGGUGGAUCUCUCGAGGACGCGCUCGCCGCUCACGACCCGCCAAAGGAGCCCUCUGUCAUGCUCGUCCCCGUCCCCCUUUUCCACGUCACGGGCUGCCUUUCCUGGCUCCUGAAAGCCAUGACGUACGGCCACAAGGUCGUGUUCACGCGUCGCUGGAACGUGCCCGACGCCAUCAAGCUGAUCGUCGACGAGCGCGUCGACGUCAUUGGCGGCGUGCCCGCAAUCGCGACGAGUAUCAUCCAGUCGGGACUCCUGCCGGCCAACUGGCAGUUCAAGAGUGUCGGGUACGGCGGCGCGCCCCCGCCUGCUGGGUUGCCGGAGGAGAUUGUGCGCCGCUGGCCCAACGCCAAGAUUGCGAACGGGUACGGCAUGACGGAGACGAAUGGCAUCAUCACCUCGCUGGUCGGAGCCGACUAUGUGCGCGACAACACCUCCUGCGGACCGCCCGUGCCCAUCUGCGAGAUCCGCAUCGUCGACCCAGAGGACACGAGCAAGGAGAUGCCGACGGGCACGCCUGGUGUUCUCAUGGCUCGUGGGUCAAUGUUGAUGGAGGGCUACCUGCGGAACGAGGAGGCGACGCGCGCUGCCGUGAGCCCAGACGGAUGGUUCAACACCGGCGACGUGGGGUACGUCGAUGCCGAGGGUUUCGUGACCAUCAGCGACCGCGCCAAGGACAUCAUCAUCCGUGGCGGCGAGAACAUUGCGAGCGGGGAGGUCGAGAACGCCAUCACGGCCGACAGCCGCAUCGAGCAUGCCGCCGCGGUCCCGGUCCCGGACAAGACGCUCGGAGAACUCGUCGCGGUCGCGGUCACGCUUGCGCCUGGAGCGAGCGCUACACCGGAAAGUAUCAUCGAGACGGCGUCCCCGCGCCUCAGACAUGCUGCUCGCCCCGUGUUCGUGAUGGUGUUCGAGGAGGACUUCCCGCGCGCCGCGUCGGGCAAGGUGCUCAAGAAGGACAUCAAGGAGAUUGUCGCGAGGGAGUUUGCAAAGCUAAACCGCGCCAAGCUCUAG